AUGAGUACGAGUACUGGGAAUUUUGUACUCAAAAUAAUGUCUUCAUUAUUGUGUAAUAUUCCGUCUGAUGUUUCUGUCCCUCCACGAUUCAUCGUAAACCUUGAUUUACCCCCAAUGUUAAGGUGGCAACAUAUUCUGCGUUUAUACAAAGAUCAAUUUCAUAUAGUUGAACAGCAAAUUGAGUCGAUGAUAAGCGAACUUAUCGGUCAAUGGUUAGGUCCGAUGUUAGAAGGAACUCUAUCGACGAUAAUGUCUGGUAUAACACGAUUAGGACUGAUUUAUUACGGAGAAGAAUUGAAAGGAUUUUCAGAAGUUAUUGAAAUAUCAUUGGGCAGAUUAGUAUUGAUGCAGUUUGUAUAUGAAUGUUUUGCGUGUUGUACAUCUAUCGUAUGUAAAGAUCAGCAGACCGGUAUUCCAGUUCAUAUCAGAACCAUGGAUUGGGAACUCGACUUUCUGAAACCUUUGACCAUCGAUGUUGAUUUUCAAAAAAGUGGUCAAACAAUUUUCAAAGCAACAACAUGGAUUGGCUAUGUUGGCAUCCUUACGGGGAUGCGACUUCAAGAUGGUUACUCCAUAUCAGUUAAUUUUCGACAUACGGCUGGUUCAUUCAAAACAAACCUCAAAACCGCUUUAUCAAGCGGAUGGCCGAUUGGUUUUCUCGUUCGAGAAGUGUUAGAAUCAACCCACAGUUAUGAUUUAGCUGUUGAACAGCUUUCAGAAUCUACAAUAAUCGCACCAUGUUAUUUCACAAUAUGUGGAACAAGUCAGAAUAAAACUGUCGGAACUCUAUUAACGCGUAAACAACAAUCAGAAGAAAAUAUGUGGAUAGUAUCGGAAAAUGGGCCAAUUAUUCAAACAAACAUUGAUCAUUGGAGUUCAAGUAAAGAGGAAGAUAUAUUCUUUUCAAUAGCUCGUCGAACAUUAGCCAAAAAAUUAUUAAAUAAAAUGAAAACAGUCAAUGAAUAUGAACUCUGGAAUCUCGUAUCAACGCCUCCAAUAUAUAAUAAAAUAACGAUUUAUGGAACGUUGAUGUGUCCGGAAUAUGGCAUAUACCAUACACGACAUCCUCAAGAAAAAAUAGGGUUUAAUACGAAAGAAACAAUUCAAUUUAUUCCAGUGAUGGAUAUUAAGGUAAGAUCUUUUGUGGUAUCUGUGAUGAUAAAAGUUAGAUUCAAUACACUUAAACUAAGAGCGAUACAUUUUUCUGAUGUCUGUUACAAAUCUUUGAUAAUUUAAAGACUUACAACUCUCUCAUCGGCGACGAUCACUCUACAAAACACAGAGAGAAUUUUUUACACGAAAAAGAUGUGUUUUUUUCUCAAGAAAAUCUCAUGUUACUAAUCGAAACUUUGCGUUCUUCGAUUUUUUCGUAAACGAACAAAGUCUAAGUAUUUAAUCAUAAUUAGUACGAAAGAUUUUGAAAUCAGUGAAUUUGUCUGCGUCCGUUGAAUUACUCUUGUCAAUGGUUUUUCAUUGGAAAAGGUUGUGAAAAAAGCAAAAAUAUUACUUUUUCUUAGUAUUGUUUUGUUGAUACUAGAAUUUUGAAUAUGAUAAAGAAUUUAUUUUACGCGACUUCUGUUUUAAGUAAAGGAAGAAGGCGAAUAAGGGUAGUUUGAAAAUUUUUCCGUUUUGAUCAACUUAUAAUUCCACAUAGGAAUAUGUAAUCAACCGUGCUGACCACGAAUAUGAAGAUAGGGGCGCACAGAAAGUUUCGGUUCAAGCAAAAAGUUAAAAUUAUUGACUUUUUUCAAAAUCCUCCAAAAUCGAGUGUAAAUUCGUUUUUUUAUUCUGGCAGUACGGAAAUAUUCAUAAAAGCACACCAAUCGACACAGAAUUUCAAGCUGAAUCGACUGAUAUAAUUUAAGGAUACUUUUGAAGCUGUUCAAGUAGAAAAAGUCCGAAAUACGGCUGAAAAACAGGAUUUUCGCUAGUAUCUUGUUGGUUUUGGCCCCUUUAACAUAGCUCGUGCAACUCGAAACUUCGUCAGUAGGUGCAACUUUGCAUGCUCUAUCCAAUGGCAGCCUCAAAAAUUGAAAAGGAGGUGUACAAGGGGGUCAAAACCAACAAGAUACUAGCGAAAAUCCUGUUUUUCAGCCGUAUUUCGGACUUUUUCU